CUCGACAUCCCAUCCUUCUAUUUUCAUCUGGUAGCUGCCUCCCUCUCCCCUCGCAGUCUUCCAUUGUCUGCCCUUCCUCCCUCCCCCGUUAAUACACCACUUUCCCGGUCGACAAAGCUCUGAACCAAAACUACAGAAUAAGAAAAGAAACUCCAAUCCCAUUCCAAUCACUCGCUCAGUCACUCUGUUCCUUCUUUCUCUCCUCUUCCAACCGCUCCGCUCUUGUAAGAGCUUUUGACGAUUUUUUUGGGUUCGAUGAGGGCUUUUGAUUCAUGCCGCAAUGCCUUCAAUCGAGCCGCCAAUCGAUGCUUCGAUGUCUUCCCUUGUCUAGCAGAUCCCGCGAGGAGAUCAUCGCUGGGAUUGAGGCUAGCAUUGGUGUUGCUGCAUCUACUCUAUGCUGGAGUUCUCUUUCUCUUCGACACUGACUUGAUUGAUAAAACAAAGCAGCAGCCUUGGUUUACUGCUCUGUAUGGCUUGUUGUUCUUCGCAACUUUGGUUCAAUAUUUCGUUACGUCUAGCUCAUCUCCUGGCUAUGUCAUUGAUGCAAUGAGGGACCUUAAUGAGAGAAACGCAAUUGCUAGGCAGGCAGCAAUGAUUUCAAAACAGCCUGCUUCAAGUAAAAAUGGAAACUUGGUUAUAACCAUUGAUGCUACUCAGCAUGGACGCCUGCUUCAUGGAAGUAAUAUAAUGCCAUGGACAAAGCUGGUUUUAGAUCUGUACCCCCCUGGAACGUCGGUCAGAAACUGCACUUGUUCCUAUUGCAAUGUUGAGCAGCCUCCUCGAGCAAAGCAUUGUCAUGAUUGUGAUAAAUGCGUUCUCCAGUUUGAUCAUCACUGUGUUUGGCUUGGAACAUGCAUUGGCCAGGGAAAUCAUUGUCGGUUCUGGUGGUACAUCUGUGGGGAAACAGCAUUGUGUCUGUGGACUGGCAUCUUGUAUAUCACCUAUUUAAAGUCUAACAUCUCGAGGUUUUGGUGGAAGGAUGCCAUCACGAUACUGCUGGUGAUUACUUUGUCAAUCUUCUUAUUAUUUCUGCUUCUCCUCCUGCUUUUCCAUAGCUAUCUUAUUCUUACCAACCAGACCACCUUUGAAUUAGUAAGACGCAGGCGGAUCCCAUAUUUGAGGGGUAUUCCUGAAAGAGUGUAUCCCUUCAGUAAGGGAGUCUGCAGCAACUUGUAUGGUUUUUGUUGUGCUCCUAGAAGCCUAUACAGUUUGGAAAGGAUGCCCUCGAGGGUGGAAAUGGAAGAGAAGUCAAGACCUUACACGUGCUUGGAUAUUUUGACUUGCCGUUGCUGCUAAGAGUUUUGUUUCAUUGUAGAUUUACUUGUGUGCAGAGUAUUCACAAUAGAGUCCAUAGGAAGACAGUUUGUUCACCAAUCAAUCCAUUUGUCUCCUCUUUGGAAAAGAACGACACUUGCCAGGUUUCAGUUUGCCGCUUCUUUAGGAGGAUCUGCAGUUAGGGGAUAAGGCAAUUGUGUUCUUGACUUAAGUAAUGUUGUUUGUACUCUGGGAUAAAUCUCAGCAAGUCUGCUACGUCAUGUGUGUAAUUUGUAUGCUAACGAGGAUGAAAGAAACUGUUGUAUCACUGUGGCCUGUGGGUGUUAUGUAACCCAUUAGAGCGAAGCUGUAACUAUUUGCAAAGCAAGGGAUGCAAAGCAGUUGCGGCCAGAAUGGAGAUGGA